GUUCAUUGUUCCUUUGCAAAGCUGGUUAGCAAAUAUAUAUUGUAAUUCGACAUUAAACUAUUAUUUUUAAUGUCUCUAACUGUGCAUGUGACUUGAUUCUUUGCGGUUUCAUAAUAUUUUUGUGGAUUAUGUACGAACAUUAUCUGCUUGGAUCUACACUGUACAAUUUGUUUAUUUACCUUACCACCACCGCCACCAACUGCACCGUGUACCAGUAAAAAAAAAUCGAAGCCAAUGUGUAUGCUUUAAUCGAAGCGCAUGUCUUCACCAAAGUGACAUGACUCGAUGGAUGAAAAAAUACUGAAAUCUAAAAUUCAUCUUGACACUGUUCAUUUAAUCUAGUGUGAAGAAAACAGAUACAUUUGUCAUAAAGUUUCAAAACCAUUCUCUAUGAUGGCUGACCAACAACAACAACAGCAACAACAGAAUCUACCUCAGCCUCAACAGCAGCAACAGCCUGUGUCACAACAGCCCACCCCACAACCCCAGGCACAAAACCCACCCCAGCAACAGCCCCAAAUGGUGCAGCAGUCAGCACAGCAACAACAACAACAUCAACAGCAGCAGGCACUUCAACAGCAGAUUCAGCAGCAGACGCGAGUCUCCACUGUAGGGACCCUACCCCUGCAGGGCAUGGUUGUCCCCCAGGCCCCCACCCCCCAACCAACCCUCACGGCCGCUGCCAACACCAUGCGAGCCCAGAACACGCCCCUCCCCCAGCUUCAAGUCAUCAGUCAGCCCAUGCACGGACAACCCUACUUCUCACAGUACCAGCCCUUUGUUCUUCAAAAUGCCAAUGCAUUAGCCAUGCAGAUGAAUCAGAUCAACUUUGCCAUGCAGCAGCAGCAACAACAACAACAACAGCAGCAACAACAGCAGCAGCAACAACAGCAAAGAACUGCAACCAGUGCCAACCCUGGCAGCCCAGGUGGAAUUCUCUCCCCUACUGCUGCCUCCCAGAUGCCCACCCACAUGUCCCUGGGAAACGGCAACAACCUGAUUUCUGGCACCAUGCAGGGCAUGCUGACCCAGGGAGCUGUCUCCAACACCAGCACCAAGGGUCAGGGCAAUGGCACCAAAGGUCAGGCAGGUCAAGGCCAGAGCAACACUGCUGCCAUAGCUUCCAUGGUUGCCAAGCAACAGACAGUGCUGCCAGCCCAGCAGAAUGCAGCAGCCCCCAUGGUUCUGGGCCAGAUUGGUGUUUUCUCCAGUCAAGCUAAUCCCAACCUGGCCAAUAAUUUUGUCCCGCAGUGUACAGUAAGCACGCACCAAGGUGGAAUUCGUUUGAACCAAACCCAGAUGGUCAACAGCGCCGGUCAGAUCAUCACCUCCCAGCCCAUGCAGAACAUACUGACCAGUCAGGCCAUCAUGCAGGCCAUGGCCAACUUGCAGAUGCAGCAGGGAAUUCCCAUAGCCACGGCCCCUGGCCAUCAGCAGAUUAUCAAUCAAGGCCAGUCUCAGAUGCCAACCAUAUUUGCGGGUCAGAACUUCUUGAUCCGUACACCAGGCACCAUCCAGCAGCAGCCCAUCACAGUGACCAGCAUGCAAGCCUUCACUGGCAUGAAACCUCAGCAGCAACCAGUACAACAACAGCAGACUGGGAAGCAAACCAAUGCCUCUGGGAAAGUGAUGCUACCCUCUGUCCCUCGCAGCCCAGUCACUGCCAAAAUACAACCCAACGUCUCCCAGCAGGCCAAGCUCAGUGUCCCGGCUGUUCAGAGAACGCCCAAGUCCAGGCCCAAAGCCCAGCCUAAAACUGCCACCUGCACGGCCACCGUGUUCCCCUCUGCCCAGUCCAAGUCUGGCAUCCUGUCCAGCACGGUGACCACCACCACGUCCUCCACCACCACUCUGGUCGUCUCACUACCCACCGCCACCGCGCCCAUCGUUUCAUCUUCAGCUGUCACUCCUCUCAUCUCUGACGCCAAGGAUUCCAAACAACCCAUGCCAGCCAUCCCCCAGCUAAACACCCAGGCCUUGACAGCCAAGGUGCCACCAGAUCCUCCUGAAGUUAAGUUUGAAGUAAACAAGGUACAGACGCCCACAACAACCGACUCAUCAUCACUCAGAGAAAAGAUCAAAGCCACUGUGGCCUCCUCCACCGUGACCACCAGCAUCUCCCCCCACACGGGCAACAAGCCCAGCACCCCCGUCAGUGGUGGCGCCACCCUCCCUCCUGUCAGACACCACCCAGACCAGGCGCUGAAAGUCACCAUAGACAACAUCACCAUGGAAGAAAAACCAGUGGUGCAUGACAUGGCCAAACAGGCCAGCAUGAUUGACCCUGUGGCCAUGGAUGCGGCCGGCUUGACCACUCUGAUCAAAGAGACGAAGCCCCUGACAGUGCUGGAGCCAUCCCAUCACCCACCUGUUAUAGAGAAACAGAGAGCCAUCGUCAAGCCACAGAUACUCACACACUACAUAGAAGGUUUUAUUAUACAGGAGGGACCUGAGCCUUUCCCGGUUCAGCAGUCUACCCUGUUACAAGAGUUUAUACCACCAAAAGCCAGUUUGCAGCAGGUGAAGGAGUCUGAGGAGGAAGCCACCAGCUAUGAUGAUGAACCACCCACUCUUCUCAGUCAAGUGGAUGCCCACCUGUCCAGCACACAGCUCCUCAGCCACAUUCCCCAAAACGCCAACGAGCAGGAACAGAAAUCUUCCAUCAAGGUCCUCAAGUGUGAGCUGUGCCAGAAAGUGGCGCCAGCCUCCACAUUCAACAACUCUCGCAGGUUCUGUUCCCUCACCUGCUCCAAGCGACAUAGUGUCAGUCAUUCCAGACGUGUGGGUCUGUUAAAAUCUAGAGGUACCUCCCGUAAAAGAAAACAUAUUCUGGCACGUAAGAACUGGCGUGUCAGCAAGGGUGGCAGGCUUUCUUACGCCCUGGCAUCCAACAACAGUAGCAGUAACCAUGACAACAAUGAAGAUAGCAACACAGCUCCUGUGGGGGAUGAGAUGAGCAGCUCUAACAGUGCCCAGGACACCAGCUCCUCUGCUGCCUCACCCUCCAGGUCUCAAGAUUUUGAGAUGGACGUCGACGCUAACAUUCCAAGAACUGACCCAGGGAAAUGGACGGUGACUGAAGUCUAUGACUUCAUCCAGUCCAUGCCAGGGUGUCGUGAAUACGCUGAAGAGUUCAGGUCCCAGGAGAUUGACGGCCAGGCCUUACUCUUGCUAAAAGAAGACCAUCUCAUGACUGCCAUGAAUAUUAAACUGGGGCCAGCGUUAAAGAUCUGUUCCAAGAUUAAUUCUCUUAAAUCUGACAACACACCGUCAUAGCAAAUCUUACCUCCGCUGUUUUCAUUUCGAUAGCGAUGAUGCCUGGAUUUUUCUGGAACACACUUAAGUGAUAGAGGUAUACCUGGAGAAAUCGUCAGGUGGAUGUGUAAAUAGUCAUUCUGUUUAAAUUAGUUACAAUCAUAAUUCAUUGCGUUAUUCACUGCCUCAACUGGAUUACUGACUUGCUGUUUACUGGAAGUGUGAACUGUGUUGUGACUAUCAAGAUUCUAGUUGUGAACAAUUUGUGCAACUCAUAAUGUGAAAACUUUUUUUUUAAAUAUUUAUUCAUGUGUUCCUGUAAAGCUAAUGUACAUUUUUUUUUUCUUGUUGGUUGCAUUGUUUUUAAAAACUUGUUUUGUUUCAUUGUUGGAAACAUUUUUAAGAAUUAUAUUUUUUUAAUUACCCUGCCCAUGAUGGUAAGAUUAUUGGUUGAAAAUGUUAAAUUUUUACAAACACAUUUGAUUUAUUGGAACCUACUUGAGAUAUUUUGGCACAAUAUUAAAACUUAUAUAUUAACACUGCCCUUAUAUAGACCUUUAUUUAUUUCUCUAUUCAUGCCCAUUAGAUUUCCCCUUUUUUGGGAUCUGAUAAUUAACCCUUAUCUGCUGAGAGUUUGUUGCAGAAAGUUAACAUGUUACACUAGUUAAAUUCUAUAAUUCAGGACAUUUUGUAUAGACUAUUAGCAAUAAUUAUAUUUCUUUAACUAUUCAUUUAAAUAGAUAUUAAAUUAGCUACUUUUUUUUUUAAGAAGUAUAAACAGCAUCUUCAUAUAUAUUGCGAUUAUAAAAAUGCAUUUACAAGAAAAAGCGGUAAUAGUGAAUUCCUUGUAGUUUUUUUAUAAAGUUAGUUUUCAUGCAAUCAAUUGCUCAAAAUUAAAAUGAUACAGUAUAAAACAUUUGUCAGUAAUAGUUGACUUUUUGGUGAUUAUAUUGCAACCCAAAAAAUAUAUAUGGGUUUUUGACAUUUUUGAAAAGCCUCAAGAAAUUUUUCGAAGUUAGUAUGGAAAAAAAGUGAAGUAAAUGCAUAUUUUACAUUGUGCCUAAGGUUUUAAUUUGCAUAAUUUUAACUUAUCUUGGUAAACAUUUGAUUCAUGAAUGAAAUGGUUCUGUAUAUAUGUCAAACCUGUUUUUUUUUAAUCCGCCAAUCUCAGGCCACAUGUCCCUGUUAACUUACAAAUUAUGCAGAUUACUUGUUGUCUUUGUAUCAGGAUAUUUUUUAACUGGCUUGCCAGGCCAAACUGGCAAGCUAGACCAAACUCACUUGCCAGGUCAGACAUUUUUACUAGUGUGUAAAGCCAGACUGUACAUAGUGUAUAUAUUUUUUUUUAACAUUUUGUUCUUGACCCAUGUUGGGUAACUCAAUACAUCAUCUCUGGUCUUAACUAGGUCCUGCCCAGAUAUUGAAAAAUAAUUCUUGGACCCAGGCUAACAUCAAGAAAUGUUCUUAAAGAGGUGGUUAUUUGUGUAUGUUGUGAAGCUUGUUUUUAAAGACACUUUUGUUAGCCCCUGGGAGUGUUAGCAAGUUACAUGUCCUGAAUCUCUUGUUUAAUGGAAGCUUUACCAGGUCCACUUGCCAAAUGUUUUUUUUUGUUUUGUUUUUUUAUUGUAUGUAACAAGUAAACAAUUCUCAAUUCAAUUUUUUAUUUUUUUUAUUUUUGUGUGUGUGUGUGUCAAAGGACAACCCAAACACUAUCUAGUUCUAGUGCUAAGAUUAAAAAAAAUUAGUACCUAUGUGUUCAAUACAAAAAACACCUUAAAAAUGUCAUAAGUUUUUUUACAAAGGUUAAAAUUAAUUAAUAGGACUAGCUGUGAAACAUCCCCUAAUCCACCAAACUCUGACAAGUACUUGACUUAGGACAGUAA